AUGUCUCUUAACAGAGCAAACCCAACAACUUCAAUAAAAUGGAGAACCCAAAUCAAACGAAACCAGUUAGUGUCCCAAAUAUCAUCAAUCCUCUUACAAAGAAACAACUGGGUUUCGCUUCUCCAAAACCUUAACCUCUCCAAAAAACUAACUCCUUCUCUCCUUAGCCAAAUCCUCUACAAAACACAAACUAAUCCUCAAAUUUCUCUAAACUUCUUCAACUGGGUGCAAACUAAUCUAAAGCUUAAACCAGACCUUAAAUCCCAAUGUCACAUCAUCAAGAUUUGUGUCAAUUCAGGUCUCACUCAACCUGUGAGACCCCUCUUGGAUUAUUUGGUGAAAACACAGCCCGUGUCAGUUCUUGGAGAGGCUAUGAUUGAUUCUUGUAGAGGUAAAAGUUUGAAGUCUGAUGCUUUAAGUUCUGUUCUUGAGUGUUAUUCACAUAAGGGUCUGUUCAUGGAAAGUUUAGAGAUGUUUAAGAAGAUGAGGGGCAGUGGAUUUAUUGCUUCUAGUAGUGCAUGUAAUGCAAUUCUUGAGGUUUUGCAAAGAGAAAAUGAGAUUGGAUUAGCUUGGUGUUUCUAUUGUGCUAUGAUUAAAGAUGGGGUUUUGCCUGAUAAGUUAACUUGGUCGUUGAUUGCGCAGAUUCUCCGUAAAGAUGGGAACUUUGAGAGAAUUGUUAAGUUUUUAGAUAUGGGAGUUUAUAAUUCGGUAAUGUAUAAUGCUGUUAUUGAUUGUUGUAGUAAAAGAGGGGAUUUUGAAGCUGCUUUUGAGAGGUUAAAUCAGAUGCGCGAGAGAAAACUUGACCCUGGUUUUAGUACUUACAGCUUUUUACUUGAUGGAGCUUGUAAACAUGGGAAUGAUGACGUGAUUGAGAGAGUUAUGGAUAUAAUGGCAGAGAAAGGUUUGCUUCCAAAAUGCCCUCUGUCUCAAUGUGAUUCGGUCAUUCAAAAGUUUUCUGAUUUGUUGAAGAUGAAUGUGGCAACAAUGUUUUAUAAGAGAGCUUGUGAUGAGAAGAUUGGAUUACAAGAUGCUACUUACGGGUGUAUGUUAAAGGCACUGUCUAAAGAAGGAAGAGUAAAGGAAGCAAUUGGUUUAUACCGAGUAAUUUCCGAAAAGGGAAUCAGAGUGAAGGAUAGCACUUAUCAUGCUUUCGUUGAUCUUCUAAGUGAAGAAGGUCAGUAUGAAGAAGGAUACGUGAUCUUGCUGGACAUGAUGAAAAGUGGUUUUAGACCUUGUACAGCUGGGUUAUCAAAAUUUAUCUCAUCUCAAUGUAGAAAACGUAGAUGGAGUGAAGUGGAAGAAUUGUUGGAUGUAGUUCUGGAGAAAGGCUUACUGCCAGAUUCAUCGUGCUGUUGCUCCUUAGUUAAGCAUUAUUGCUCUAGGAUACAGAUUGAUAAAGCCGUCGCAUUGCAUAACAAGACGGAGAAAUUGCAAGCAAGUUUGGAUGUAGCAACAUAUAACAUACUUCUUGAUGGGCUAGUGAAAAAAGGUAGGAUUGAAGAUACAGUUAGGGUGUUUGAUUACAUGGAAGGACUCAAAUUAGUGAAUAGUGAAAGUUUUACAAUAACAAUUCGUGGUCUUUGCCGUGCAAAAGAAAUGAGGAAAGCAAUGAAACUUCAUGAUGACAUGCUAGACAUGGGGCUUAAACCCGAUAAACCAGCAUAUAAAAGGCUGAUAUUGGAAUUCAAGCAAUAG